AAUCCGCCCCGCUGUUCUCUCCUUCUCUCUCGUCAAAGCUUCAGACUCUCUCUCUCUCUAUCGUCAAAGUUUCUUAACAAUGCCGCGUUGGUGAAGCUAUGCGUUUCUCUGUCAUCUAUCUUCUUCUGUCGUAUACGUGUCAGAAGCUUUUCUAGGUUUCGAUUUUUUUUGUUUGUUUGUUUGGUUUUGUUUUGGUUCCUAAAAUUGUUGCGCGGUGGACUGAGGCUUUAGGAGGUUUAUGCAUAUGCAUGCGGAGAAUGCGAAACGCCGGAGCUGAUUUUCGGUACGAGUGUUAGGAGUGCCGGAGCUGGAUUUCCGAUCUGAGGAUAUUGAAUUUGAAUUUGCGAGGGUAAACGGCGUCGUUUGAGCCGUUACACGGUUUCGCGGGGGAAUCUAGGGUUUUUUUAGUGGCCUUUGGCGUUUUGAUGAGGAUUGGAGGGUUUGCGGGUUGUGUAUGCGAUGAAUAGAAGUUUCCGAGCUGAAGAGUCGUUGACGAAGCAGAGAAUGGGGAGUCUAAGGAGCUCGAUGAUUAAAGAGAAGGAUGAGGAGCUUGGAUUGUUCCUUGAAAUGCGGAGGCGGGAGAAGGAACGGAACGAUCUUCUUCUUCUUCAGAACUCGGAUGAGUUUGAUGCUCCACUUGGAUCAAACACCGGUAGUUCUCCUGUUUUCAAUAUUCCAUCAGCUAUGCCUGCCCGAAAAACUGUUGCAGAUGAUUUCCUCAAUUCAGAGAAUGAUAAGAAUGACUAUGACUGGCUUUUGACACCUCCUGGUACUCCUCUUUUUCCUUCAUUGGAAACUGAAUCACAAAAAAGAGUAGCAAAUAAGUUGGGGACUCCAAAAGCCCGCCCAACUGCACUGAAGUCUAGGCUAGCCAAUCCACCUGAGCCCACUGCCAGAAGUAAUUUAAUGUCCAGACAGCCAGCUUCAUCUCCAGGAAAUACUUCAAGUUCAGGUCUUCGCAGACCCUCAUCUGCAGGUGGGUCCAGACCUUCAACUCCAACUGGUCGACCCACAUUGAGCACAUCCAGAUCUACCUCAGUAGCUAAACCAACACCAAAUACAGCAUCCAAAGGAAUGUCUACUGCAGGAGCAUCUAAAGCAACACCAACCUUAACCGCAUCUAGACCAUCAAGGUCUGCAACACCUACUUCUCGUGCAACACUACCUUCAACCAAGUCCACAGUUCCUCCAAGAUCCUCAACACCUAAUUCCAGGUCUACUGCCAGAUCCUCGACACCAACUACUAGGCCAUCUAUUCCUGGAUCAAAGUCAACUUCCAGGGCAUCGACUCCAACUCGUCGGCCAGUGGCAUCAACUGCAAUACAUACAUCUGCUCCUCCUGCCAGGUCUCCAUCUUCCUCCAUAACCAAGUCAUCUAGUACUGCAGCAAGAAAUCCUGCACCACCACGUGCCAGUUCGCCAACUGUUAAACCAAGACCCUGGAACCCUUCAGAUAUGCCUGGCUUCUCACUAGAUGCUCCACCCAAUUUGAGGACUUCGAUAUCUGACAGGCCACCUUCAGCAACCAGGGGCAGACCUGGAGCACCUAUUGCCCGUUCUUCAUCUAUUGAGCCUGUUGGGAACGGAAGAGUUAGAAGACAAUCAUGUUCUCCAUCAAGAGGACGUCCUCCUAACGGUGUUCUUCAUAACAGUGGAAGCUCUGUUCCUGUCCCAGCUAUGAGUCGGUUACAUGCUAAAGCUAAUGCCAAUGUGAGCCCUGUUGUGAUGGGAAAUAAGAUGGUUGAAAGAGUGAUAAAUAUGCGGAAGCUUGCUCCUCCUAGGCUAGACAAUAAAAGCUCACCCAAUAGUAAUUUAUCUGCCAAGUCUUCCUCACCUGACAGCACAGGUUUUGGAAGAACACUGUCGAAGAAAUCUUUGGAUAUGGCUAUAAGGCAUAUGGAUAUAAGGCGAACCAUCCCAGGAAACCUACGACCAUUAAUGACUAAUAUUCCAGCAUCGUCUAUGUACAGUGUGAGAUCCGGGCCUAGUAGAAGCAGGACGGUGAGUGUUUCUGAUUCACCCCUUGCAACAAGCAGUAAUGCUAGUUCUGAAGUGAGUGUUAAUAACAAUGCUGUGUGCAUUGAUGGACAUGGAGGUGAGUGCGAAAUUAGCAGUGAUAAAGGUGCUCGAUCUCCUCCCAGUGUCCAUAGUAGUAGGUAAUUCUGUGUUUGCCACGCUGCAGAGUAGAGUAGUAUUGCUAGUUUUGAAGCAAGACGAGCGCGAGUUGAACAACCAUUGUUUUUCAGGAGAAGAAAACUUUAACCCCGAUGUUCAUCUCGCUUGACUAUGUAAAGAUGCAUGAACUAGGUAGGUGUUGUAGUUAGAGCUUCUGUACGAUUAGAAACCCGAGUAUGGUGAAUCCAUUUUUAUGCUAUAUUAUUGUUCACGAAGGAAAUUGAACAACUGUCUUGCUUUUA